AUGGCCUCGGGCAGCUACCGGUGCAACCGGACUCUGAGACUCGAAGCAGGUCAGUCGGUGCUGCCCGGCUCGUUACUCUUCGCGGCGGGGCUGCUGGGCAACGUGUUGGCAUUGGGGCUGCUGUGGCAGCACCACCUGAAGGCGAAGUUGCAGCGCGGCCAGGGGCGCCCGCGGGCGUCCGCCUUCUACCUUCUGGUGAGCACCCUGGCCGCCACCGACCUGCUGGGCAAGUGUCUGCUGAGCCCGAUCGUGCUGGCCGCCUAUGCUCAGAACCGCAGCCUCAUCGACCUGUGGCCGCCCGCCGCAACCAGCGAAGUCAGCCUGCCCGGGGAGGAAGCGAUCCGCUCCCCGGGCAGGCUGUGUCAGCUGUUCGCUUUCCUCAUGGCUUUCUUCGGCUUGGCGUCCACCAUGCUGCUGCUGGCCAUGGCCCUGGAGUGCUGGCUCUCGCUCGGCCAGCCUUACUUCUACGAACACCACACCAGCCGGCGUUGGGGCGGGCUGCUCACCGGCGCGGCGACCGUCCUCUGCGCUCUCUUCUGCGCCCUGCCGCUCCUGGGCUUCGGCAGCAACGUCCAGUACUGUCCGGGCACGUGGUGCUUCGUUCGCAUGGCCGGCGACGGACGGCUCUAUUCGGUGCUCUACGCUACCCUGCUGGGCUUGCUGGUGCUGGCCGUCGGCCUGUGCAACCUGGGCAGCAUGAGGAGCCUCUAUCGGAUGGCGCGUCGCCAGCCCCCGCGCAGGACCCACCCGAUUGACCCGCAGGGCGCAACCGCGCCUUCCAGGACCCCUUCCUCCGGCCGCACCGAGGAGUUGGGCCAGUUGGUCCUGCUGGCGCUCAUGACCGCCCUUUUCACCGUCUGCUCCCUGCCGUUGAUCAUCCGAGCUUACAUUGGAGCAUUUGCCCCUGAUGAAAAUGAGGCAGCAGAUCUUACAGCCCUCCGUUUUUUCUCUGUCAAUUCCAUAGUGGAUCCCUGGGUCUUCAUCAUUUUUCGGACAUCCAUAUUUCGCAGUUUGCUCCAGCAGUUUUCUAGGAGGCUGAGUUUGAAGAAGGAUCUGCAUUCCCAAGAUCAGCUCCUAGGAACUUAUCAGAGGAAAGAAUCCAAUAACAUACCAUAA